GUCAUUUGUCAUUGUCUGAUUUGAAUCUUUCCGUUUAAAAUACUGAUUUAAAUACUGUUAAAAUACAAUUUUUUUAAAGGCACAAAAUGUGUGAUAGUCCAUCUAAACCCCUUUAUCUUAACCAAAAAACUCAAGUUAUAAAUGCAGAAACUGAAACUUCAGAUUCAAGCUCAACAAAAUCUGAUCAAGGAUGGAGAUAUUUGACUAUAGUAGCUCUUUAUGAUGAAUUAAUACGUUUAUAUCAAUACCAAGUUGAAGAUAGAAGUAUGUUACAAGAUGGUUUUUACAAUUUUGCAGAACAAACAUUUUUACUCUAUGAAGAGUGGAAAAAAACGAUAACAGAACGCGAUGGUCUUAGAAGUGAAAUAGAUAAAAAAAUUGAUGAAAUAAAUGAUUAUAACAGGCGCCUUAAAAGUGCUAGAAAAUUGUUAGAUGACGAAACCAGGAAAAGAAAAACUGCUGAAAAAGAACGAGAUUUACUUCGGCAUCAAAUUGCAAAAUUUUGUAAUUCACUAGUUAGGGAUGGAAGACACAAACUUGCCAAUGAUACUAAGGAACAAAUUAGUAGUAUUUAUCCAGGUAGAAUAAGUUUUAGUGAUGCUGAACGUCUUAGUGCUAUAAAAGAAGUUAACUCAACAGGUUCCAUACUAUCUGAUUUCAGUUAUUCUCGUUCAGAGGAUGAUUUAGACUCUUCCAGAGUAAAUAAAGGAUGGAAAAGUCUGCAAAGUGAUGUAGUGGAAGAACCAUUAAGUAAAAAGCGAAGAUCUUCAACAAAAAUAGUUGAAAUUGGAAGUAAAGAUACUGUUAGAGCCACUACAACUUUAACUGUCAAUAGAGAUGGUCCUAUAACUGCUACAUCAAAAAUUGAAUCCAUUCCAAAAUCUGAUGGUGAAUGUGUUGAUCCUCCAAAUUUGGUGUUCGAAUCGUGGAAUCAACAAAAGAGAAAAGCUGGAAAUCCACAAAAAGAUGUAGGUGGUAACUACAGACAACAUUAUUUACAACAAAAAACUAUUGUGAUGCCUAACUUUUGUUCUGUUUGUGAAAAACACAUUCGUUUUGGAAAAACUGCCUAUAAGUGUAAAGAAUGCAAGAUGUUUUUCCAUGCAGAAUGUAAGGAUAUGCUACCAACACCUUGCAUACCUGUUGUAAAUACACCAACUUCAAAGAAAUUCACUGGUAUUCUUUCUGAUUACACACCUAUAAGAUCUCCAAUGGUACCAUCAUUAAUUGUACAUUGUGUCAAUGAAAUUGAGAGCAGAGGAUUAACAGAAAUGGGGAUCUAUAGGAUUCCAGGAUCUGAGAAAGAAGUUAAAGAUUUAAAAGACAAGUUCUUAACUUGCAGAAUACCACCAAACCUCAAAGAGAUAGAUAUUCAUGUAAUCUGUGGAUGUAUUAAAGAUUUUUUACGCUCCCUCACUGAACCUCUACUAACUCAUACCCUUUGGUAUGACUUCAUUACAGCUGUGAGAGCAAAAGACCUUAAUGACAUAACACCAGCAUUGUAUGAAACUAUUUCAAAAUUGCCUCACCCUAAUAGAGAUACAUUAGCAUUUAUAAUGUUACAUUUACAAAAAAUUGCGCAAAGUCCCGAGUGUAAAAUGCCUGCUGAGAAUUUAUCUAAAGUUUUUGGCCCAACCAUAGUUGGCUACUCCUGUGAUUAUCAUAAGCCAAAUAGAUUGAUAGAAGAAACUAAAUAUAUCAUUAAAGUUAUGUCACAUCUUUUGAACAUACCUUCUGAUUUUUGGACCAAUUUCAUUAAUGUGUGUCUCACUCCAUCCACGAAUAGGCUCCAACAGACACCAAGUACAGAUUCUCUAUUGAGACCAACUACCACUAGAAGUUUCACUCCAGGUAAAUUAAGAAAGAAGAAAGAGGGCAAACUUUUUGGAACCCCACCAGCUUAUCAGUAGUAUAAUUGGUCUGUUGUGAAGAUGGAUUUAAUGUAAAGUUAAUUUACUUCAUAUCUUAAAGAUUUUAUUAUAGUAAUUUUCAAUUAAAAUCUAAUAGUAUAAAGGCCAUCAAGAUUUAUCACCUGGUGUAUUUGUAAGUAUCUAACCACAUUCAGAAUGUUUUCUGAAUAACAAUAUUCUUGAUAAACAUAUGAACAUUAUAAAAUUUUAUUACUUCAAAGUUUAUUUACUACAAGGUGAUCCAGAACUGUGUACAUUAAUGUGUAGAGCUGCUAGUCUAUGUCGAAAAAUAAGGGUUCUGUUUUAUCUUAAGUUCUUGCUAAUCCUGAAUAAUAUAUAACCCUUGGAAAUGGUGAAUUGAUAUCGAUUUUUCUUUUAAUAUCUGUUGGUUUUAGUUAUAGUGAUUAUGAAUCAUUAUGGUAAUUCAUACUUCUUUUCCAUAAACAUACAAGGUAGCCUUGAUAAGUAAUGGUUGUUAUGAAUAAUUACAAGAGAAUCUUUUUUGUUUAAAUGAUUGAAAAUAGAAAAAAUGUGACAUGUAAUAAUAACCUUCACUUAUCUUCCUAAAAUACCCUGUAUUUAUGUGGAAUGAGGUAGGUGGUUUCUUGGAUUUAAUUAUCCUAAUGCCCGAUAAUCACUUCCAAAAUACUAAUUCCACAAUCAAAAUUGCUUGACAGAUAUACUUUCAAAAAUAAGGUUCUUAAUUAACCCUAAUAUGCUUGAGGAUAUAUUCCUUAGUAUUCAGUUUUACAAAAUGUUGUAGAUAAAACUACCCUUAUUUUUGGACACAUUAUCAAUUCUAGAAAUAAAUGUACAUUAUUCUGUACCAUCUUGUAUACAAAGGUAGAUCGUUUACUAUUUAGUAUAACUUAAUUGUGUUUCUCAAACAAUUUUUUUCUGUUAGAAAUGAAGACAGCAAUUAAAUAACUUUAUAAUGGCUAUCUUUUAAAAUCACUUACAGAAACCUUAAUAGCCAAAUUUUGUAUAUCACUUAAGUCUCUUAUAAAGUUUGUUCCAAAACGCAGAAUUUCAGUUAAAUAAAAAACACAAUUUUUAAAUUAUUUUUCCACCUAAUCGUGAAGUACACAUAAUAUGCUUGUGUAUCUUAUGACAUAUAGUCUAAGAGCCAGCUUAAAUCUGACAAUACAUAUUCUUAUUAUUAUAUAUAUUAAGCGAUGGGUAAUAGCUAUGUCCGGCCACGGUAGGUGUGGGGCCCCUCAGGUGAGAAUUAAGAACAUUUUUAUAGUAUUUUAUGCCGUCUGUCGUUUUUUAAAUAUGUUAUAAUAUACCUCUAGAAAAAUUGAAAAAUAAUUAUGGCUGCCGAUUUUAAAGGUUGUAACAUCACAGCAGCCACUUUUUUAAAAAUCAAAAAAAAACAUAAUUUGAAAGUAUUUUAUACUAUUUAUUGAACUAUUUUAAGCUAAUAUUAUAAUAGAUGCUAUUUUUUCCGGUUGUAACUAUCGGUUUUACAGUGACACCUUACCUUUUGAGUUUGUUUAUAAAUAAGAAUGUAAACAGAAGUUCAUAUUUUUACAUACUUUUGGUUUUAGGCACCAAAAACCUGUCUAACACUGGAAAGAUGCUUUAUUAUUAUUGUUUUUAAAAUAUACGAAAGUACUUAAUUAAAUCUUAUUUUUAUACUUAAACUUUAUAUUUUUUAAAUUUUAUAAGAAAUAAAACUUAUCAAAUACAAUAAAA